AUGGCUACCCGUGUACAAAUCUAUAAGUUAGGCGUUAAGCCACUAUUUGAUAAUCUAUCCGAAAAAGAAAAGCUUUAUAGUCACUACCUAUCAAGGGCAGCAUGGUCUGGAACAAGAAUCAUUCUUAGCCAGGUUUCCCCGGAAUCUAUUGGGAUAUUUGAAUUCAUAAUGGAGCUUUAUAGAUCAUGCGGUGGCGACUGGAAUCAAUUUUCAGAAGACUAUGGAGUAGCUGUAGAGGACCUUGAAGCAUUUCUCGAAUUUGCAGCUACUUUCCUGUCGAACAUCGGGAACUACUAUGGGUCAGGAGACCAGAAGUUCAUUCCACAGCUACGCUCCGGUACAGUAGAGAAAUUUGCCUCUCGAUCAUCCAAGCUCUUAGACCUCUAUAGGAACAUAGAGGGCUCUAUCAUGGCAAUACCGCCUGUCACCCUUGGAUAUCCCGGCACCUUAGCCCAAAGCUCUUAUUAUCCAGGAGACUUAAUGAGCAAAGAAGAAAUCGCUCUCGUUUCGAGGCAUAUGGAUGCCCAUUCCGUACUACCCGAAAAUACCAGAGUACGGAAAACUGGUGAAACUUCAUUUGAGGUCCUUCAGGCUUCAAUCAUAUCAACGGACCAAACAGAGCCCUUAGACAUUACGAACUCAUCCGCUAGCGUAAGGCUGGUCCGUGGUGAUCAUGCCGAAUACCUAGAGAAUAUUUGCGAAAACCUGGCAAGAGCUACGGAGUACGCUGCGAAUGAUACCCAGAAGAAAUUCCUAGCUCAAUACAUCGAAAGCUUCCAAACUGGCAACCUUGAAGCGUAUCGGGAAUCUCAACGGACGUGGAUUACGGAUAAAGCACCCAAAGUUGAGAAUAUUUUCGGCUUUGUGGAGCCAUAUCGAGAUCCAGCUGGUAUUCGUGCCGAGUUUGAAGGCUUGGUUGCCAUCGCGGAUGCCAAUGAGACAAAGCUCUUGUCAACAUUAGUCGGGAACUCCGAUAAAUUCAUUCGACGACUACCUUGGGCUGCCGCCGAGAAUAAUGGAAAGGGGCUAUUCGAAAAGUCUCUCUUUGAACCGCCUGAUUUCUCCAGCAUCCAUGCCCUCGCAUACUGUUCUAGUAUAAUUUUCCCUGGAAUCAACCUUCCAAAUUAUAACGACAUCCGUCAAGAUGUAGGAUUUAAGAACGUCAUCAUCGCAAAUCGUAUGAUAGCUGAAAGUACCGCGAUGCAAUGGCCGUUCAUCGACGACUCUGAAAUUGAGGUUUUUCGGAAGCACAAGUACCCAGCGUACUAUUGGUGGGUUGUGCUUCAUGAGCUACUAGGCCACGGCACAGGUAAGAUGAUGAUUGAAGAGUCGACUAACAAGUUCAACUUUGACUCCAAGAACCCGCCGAUCAACCCUCUUGACGGGAAACCUAUAAGAACUUGGUACAAACCUGGCCAAACAUGGACUGGCCAAUUUGGCGACUUGGCAACAACACUAGAUGAGUGUAGAGCCGAGCUUGUAGGGGCUUAUCUUAUGGAUGAUCCAGAGCUGCUGGCUCUCUUCGGCUUCACAGAUGAAUCGGAUAUUCGAUCCAGCGAUUUGACCUAUAAUCUCUAUCAGCAGCUCGGUGUUGAUGGUCUUCGAGCUCUCUCCAAUUAUAAUGUCGAUGGCAUGGCUCAUAGUCGGGCUCAGUUCGCUAUACUUAAAUGCUUGCUCCGGUUCGGUCAUGGAUGUAUCGAUGUUCAUCACGACAUGGCUGGCAAGAAACUCAGAGUACUAGUCGAUAGAUCAAUGAUAGUAAGUCAUGGAAAGAAGGCGCUUGGCGAGAUGCUAUUGCGCCUUCACGUAUAUCGUUGUGCUGCCGAUGUUGAAGAGUGUAGGGAAUAUUAUGAAGAACUAUCCCAUGUAGACCAAGAGUCUCUAAGGUGGAGGGAAACGGUUGUUGGAAAUAAACCACCUCCGUUAUUGAAUGUACAGGCCAAUACGUUUAUUGGGGAAGGAAUGGUUAUGUUGAGGGAAUAUGAACCCACCAUCGAGGGUAUCAUUCAAAGUUGGUAUGAGCGUGGGGUUUAA